AUGCAGUUUAACGCCGCUGUAAUCGCUUCCCUGUGGAUGGCUCUAGCAGCUACAGCAUCCGCCAGAGAAUGCAAAUUCGCUGCCUCAGUAACCCAGAGCCAGCGCAACGGCUGCGCCCGCUGCCCACCAGCAACCAACUUUCAGGGCACAGCCUCUCUCAGGAUUGACGGUGUGCGAGUUUGGGAGGAGAUCGGUGGUACCGACCAAUAUGGAGCCCUCAGCAAUGGUGAUGGAUAUGCCUGGGAGGUCGAUGGUGUGAGCUUUCAUGUGCGAGCUCUGGGAAUCCCGGCAUUGGCUAGUGAGCCCAAGUGUACUCUGACGAGAUUGAAUGUGGACUAUCCGGGCGUCGGCAGGAAGGAAUCCGGCGGGGCUACCUUGAGGGAUGCGCUGUACUGUGAUUGGGAGUGGGAGUGUUAG